CAGAUCUUGGCCUGAGCUGUCAAAACCCCGCCUAUGGAGAUCCACAAUUGGUCCAAAAAGCGUAAAAUCAGCAAUCAAGGGGGCUUGGCUCAUUAGCAAGGGGAUCAGAGCAGGAAGGACAUGUGAGAUAGUCACAGUUUUACAGAGAUCACGACAAGAUUCUAACCCAUUCCCACUCACAUCUUACACCAUGACCAGCAGGACUCACACCACCACUACUUUAUCUCCUUAAAACUCACCACUGGACUUUUUAUUCUUCACGGUUUCCACCAAUAACAUCUAAAGAAAAGACAAAACAAGAGGGAAACUAAACAGAAAAAAAACAAAACAGUUACUUUUCUUUACUGUGGAAGAACUUGCCUUAUUCCUUUUUUCCUGUAAGAUUCUAAGAAAGAUCUGCAGCCUGGAAGUGAGUCCCUGUGCUCUGGGACUGUUCCACUGGACACUCUGAGAUUCUAGAACCCAGGACCAGGCUAGCUCUGGGUUAACGUUCGAUCUGUACUUCCCGGGGAGCUACUCGUUCUUUCCUGGAUUUUUGGAUGCACCGAUGAGAGAUCCAGCUUUCCCGGGGACUGCGAUGGCUUAUCACCCUUUUCACGCUCCCAGACCAGCCGAUUUCCCCAUGUCUGCUUUCCUAGCAGCCACCCAGCCCUCCUUCUUCCCGACUCUGGCUCUGCCCCCGGCUGCUCUGGGAAAGCCCCUCACAGACCCCAGCCUGGCUGGAGCAGCUGAAGCUGGACUGCACGUCUCGGCCCUGGGACAUCACCACCAAGCGGCCCAUCUGCGCUCUCUCAAGAGCCUGGAGCCUGAGGAGGAGGUGGAGGACGACCCCAAAGUGACCCUGGAAGCCAAGGAGCUCUGGGACCAGUUCCACAAAUUAGGCACGGAAAUGGUCAUCACCAAGUCAGGAAGGAGAAUGUUUCCUCCAUUUAAGGUUAGAGUGAGUGGUCUGGAUAAAAAGGCCAAGUACAUUUUAUUAAUGGAUAUCGUUGCUGCUGAUGACUGUCGGUAUAAAUUCCAUAAUUCUCGCUGGAUGGUGGCUGGCAAGGCAGAUCCAGAAAUGCCGAAACGUAUGUACAUUCACCCUGAUAGCCCAGCCACAGGGGAACAGUGGAUGGCAAAACCUGUUGCAUUUCACAAGCUCAAACUCACCAACAAUAUCUCAGACAAGCAUGGCUUUACUAUAUUAAAUUCCAUGCACAAAUAUCAGCCUAGGUUCCAUAUAGUAAGAGCCAAUGAUAUUCUGAAACUCCCCUAUAGCACGUUCAGGACCUAUGUGUUUCCAGAAACCGAUUUUAUAGCAGUUACAGCCUAUCAGAAUGAUAAGAUCACACAACUUAAAAUCGAUAAUAAUCCUUUUGCUAAAGGAUUUAGAGACACGGGUAAUGGAAGACGAGAGAAAAGGAAACAACUGACGCUCCCAUCCCUGCGGAUGUACGAAGAUCAGUGCAAGGCAGACAGGGAUGGAGCAGAGUCUGAUGCCUCUUCUUGUGAUCCUGCCCCAGGCAGGGACCCUCUGCACUCCCCCCUGAGUACCGAGCCCAGCCCCCUGAGACUCAGCCGCAACAACAGAGAAGACAAAUUCGGAGUGGACAGUGACCAGGAAUUAGACAGACGGGAAGUAAGGAGUGCGAGAGGGCACAGCCCUGGGGGAGUCCAUUCUAGCCCCAGCAGCCCCAAGCUGGAGGAGAGGAGCAAAGAGAAGACCCCCUCAGAGAAGAAGACAGAGUCUCCAGACACCCGCAAGGACAGUGACAGUAUCUUCAGUGUCAGGAAUCUAGAGAAGGACAGACUGGAGAGCAGGCGGAAAGAGGAAUCUAAAAACGAUCCAGAAUGUGGAAGUUUAAGUAAAGAGACCUUUGCUCCACUCAUGGUACAGACUGAAAGCCCACCACACCUGAGUGCCAGUCACCUGCAGAGCUUGGCUUUGUCUGGCCUGCACAGCCAACAGUUUUUUAACCCCUUGAAUGCUGGACAGCCGCUCUUUAUCCACCCAGGACAAUUUACAAUGGGCCCAGGGGCUUUCUCUGCUAUGGGCAUGGGACAUUUAUUGGCCUCAAUGACAGGAGCAAGCGGACUGGAUAAUGGAGCUCUCUCUGCUGUACAGGGGGGCGCAGGAGCAGCUACCCCUUUCCCAUUCCACCUGUCUCAGCACAUGCUGGCCUCUCAGGGGAUCCCGAUGCCUGCAUUUGGAGGGCUAUUCCCUUACCCCUACACCUACAUGGCGGCAGCAGCUGCAGCAGCUUCUGCAAUGCCAGCCACCAGCGCUGCCACCACUAUGCCAAGGAACCCCUUCCUCACCACCACCAGGCCUCGCCUCCGCUUCAGCCCUUACCAGCUCCCUGUUACCAUCCCUCCCAGCACUAACCUCCUGACCACUGGAUUGCCAGCCAGCCUGAAUCCGGGUUCAGAAAGCUCCAAGCCUGGCAGCAGCCGGGAGUCCAGUCCCAUCCCAGACACUCCUGUCCACAAGAGGUCUCACUCAAGUUCUCACUCCCCCAAGACCUCCAUGAAGGAUUCCAUCAAUGAGCUGCAGAACAUCCAGAGACUGGUCAGUGGGCUGGAAAGCCAGAGAGAGGUCUCACCUGGCAGGGAGACACCGAAGUGACCUGCAGCCUACGUCACUCACCAGAGCCACAAAGGCUCAAAAGCACUGGGAUUUUGUACAGCACAGCAUAACUAUUUAUUGAAAAGAAAAGAGGGGCAGCGACAAAAAACAACAACAACAAAAAAAGAUUACUGAUUAUAACCUAACCACACACUGAAAACCCACCAAAUAUCCAAUAAUGUCACUAAUGAAGGUCAAAUGGAAUAUAUAUAUAUUCUAUAUGUCUAUCUCUCGGAUCAGAGGGCACAUCUUCAUAAAUGGACAAUGGACAAUGUUUAUGGGGCAUCAAUGACUUAUUGUAAUGGUGCUAUUGUGAAGGAGCUCCCCUGUAAUAUAAGGAAUUUCUCAAGAAUGCAGAGACUGAAUGAAAUAGAUGAUGGACAAGUCUAGAGAAGAAAAUUCCUUAGAUUUCUUCUUAAAAAGGGGGUGGGGGUGUAUGGAAGUGUUUCCUUAAAGCUGACUAUUGGAAGCACUAGCCAGUUAUGAAAAUAUGUCUAAUCUGAUUUGAUUGUGACUGAAAAAAGAAAAAAAAACAAAAACGAAAAUAA